AUGGUUGCACUUGUCACAAACGCGAUCAGUACGGGUGCUCCCGUACACGUCUACAUCAUAGAAAGUGCGUCUAAAUAUUAUGAUGGAUGGAUAAUUUGCCCCCUGUGUGAUAUUGUCGCUCAUGUGUAUCGAAGUCUUCCCCUUAAUACACGCCAGUAUGAUAGUCUGGACUUGUUAAUGUAUCCCGAAAGCCACGGAAUGGUCCCUUCAGGCGGACAUGCACCACGGCCAACCAGUACCAUUUUCCUAAUGUUAAAGCCGAGGACAGUGCAGUGUGCCCUUGAGGAUCAGAUGGAGAAACUUGACCUGGAUCACGGAAGUUCCAACUUAGUACCUCUGGAAGUCAGUUGGGAUCCGAGUAGGACAUUGAUUAGAUUAUCGAGCGUUCGCGAGUUCAUUGAUUAUGAGCUUUUGAAGCAACACUUAUCUGCUUGUACCUUAUCAUCUAGCCAUCAGAAGCGCUGCGAACCCCCAAAACACAAAGAAAGCUGGCCGAGUAAACUGGUUGAUUGCCAGACGCUGAAAAUUGUGAGAGUCGAGUCAUGGUACGACUACGUCGCACUCAGUUAUGUUUGGGGCAAGCAGAAGCACGAUACAUCCAAAGGUCUUCGAGACUCUCCAGCCACUAUUCGAGACGCGAUUGAAGUUACGAACAAGCUUGGGUAUCGAUAUCUCUGGGUAGACAGAUAUUGUAUUGACCAAAGCCAGUCGAUCGAGAAGCACGCAGAGAUCCAGCGGAUGGGUCGUAUAUACAAUGGAGCUUCCCUAACAAUUAUGGCAGCCGCUGGUUCAGACCCUGAUCACGGUCUGCCAGGAGUUUCCAAGCCCCGAAAGAAUGCCGCACCAAUGAGAAACCCCUCUAACUGGACGAUUGUCGAUAUUCCUCACGGUCUUCCUGACCUAAUUGAUGCUAGUGCCUGGCGAAACAGGGCGUGGACCUACCAGGAACAAGUACUAUCUCGGCGUCGUUUGUACUUUACGGACCAAGAAGCGGUUUUUCAAUGUCUAAAUUACAAUGCUAGAGAAUCGUAUUCCUCUCGGAAAGAUCCAAAUUCAUAUAAGUUCUUCACCCUAGAUCCUAUUAGAGAUAGUCCAUAUCAGAUUUUCGGCAGCAUAGCGGAGUAUUCGCGGAGGGAAUUAACCUAUGAACAUGACUAUCUAAACGGACUUUCGGGUAUUCUUGAAUACCUGGCUGAGGAAGAGGAUUCCGUGUUUCACCUGUUUGGUGUGCCAAUUCUUCUUCGAGAAUAUGUCACAGACGAAAAUAAAAUUAUAAUAAGAGACUAUCCCGCUCUCCUAAUGAUUGGGAUGACGUGGAAAAUCUCAACAGGGAAACGACACAGGGGUAUGAAUUUCCCUAGCUGGUCUUGGAUUGGCUGGUCAGGCCACGUUGAUUGGGACUAUGACAUUCUCUAUGAGCUUUCUUCGAGCAAUGAGGUUUGGGUCGAAGAUGAGACGAAGAAGCCUUGGCCACUACGAGAUUUAUGCAAGCAACAGCACGUUUCGAUUCGCAACUUCAACCUCGCUCAAGCCAUCCAUGUCGAAGCCGAGACUUUUGAAGUCAUCCUCGAGGUUAACCAUAUUUCGGACGUGCACAAUGACUAUAAUGCGAUCUGGAAAAGCCAGGAUGGUCGCAUUGUGUAUACAAAAGCCGAGUUGAUUGAAGACCUCGGUGAACAUCUAGCUCAGGAAGAUAGUCUCGAAGCCGGAAGAUUCAAAGCCCUCGUACUCGGCAUACGUGGAGACGAUAAAGACGAUGAAAACUAUCCUACCACUCGUACCUGGGUAUGUAAACUACUGCAGAAGAAUCCAGAUGGACACGAGGUAGUUGGACAUAUGUCAUUUCAACUUGAUUAUAUCAUUGACAAGUCGGAAGGAGAGUGUAAUGAGUUGCUGCUGCCCUACAUGGUUAAAGAGCGGGUUCGCUUGGUGUAA